AUGGGGCAAGAUGUGGACAACCGGGCGGCGAGGCUGCCCCAAGACUGGCUGGUGGACAUCCUCCACCGUCUCGCGCCGCGCUGGCUUGCCGUGUCCCGCUGCGUCUGCAAGGACUGGCAAGCCACCAUCGACUCCCGCCGCCUCCUCCGCACAGACAUGCUCCCGCUCAGGCUUGAGGGCAUAUUCAUGUACUUCACGUUCCACAAGUUCCCGGAGUUCUUCUCCCGCCCGUGGACGCCCAUCACGGGUGAGAUGGACUUCCUGCCUUGCGCCACUGAUAACCCAGAUGAUGACCUGUGUGAGGUCCAGGAUCACUGCAAUGGGCUUCUGUUGCUCCAACACUACGGGAUUCCCAAGUACGUGGUAAACCCUGCGACACGGCGUUGGGACUCUCUGCCAAGGUGUCCCCCCAAACGUGUCAUGGGGAUGGACUACUCCUGGGAGGAUGCAUAUCUUGUCUUCGAUCCCAUGGUGUCACCACACUACGAGGUUUACAUGAUCCCACUUAUUCCUUGGAAGAGAGAGGGUGAACAUCUUGACCCUUCAUUUGAGGAAUCUGAAUGGCCGCCGGCAGCAUUCAUCCUAUACUCCUUCUCAUCGAGGACACGUUGUUGGGAGCCAAGGUCUUUUGAGCGAGAAGGGGGCGCCCUAGGGACCAUAGCUGAGAUGCGAGCUCGUUUGGAGCGUACUUUUUCUUGGUUUACGCAGCAACAACAGCGACGCCGUGCGGUCUACCGGCGAGCAACACUUUAUGUGCACUGCCAGAAGGAUUUUCUUAUAAGAAUAUCAUUGUCAGAUGGCGUUUUUUGUGCAAUUGAACUACCAGAAGGUGCCAUAUCAGAUAAAUAUACAACAAUGUAUCUAGGAAGAUCAGAAAAGGGGGUAUACUUAGCAUCGCUACACAACCAUAGCCUUGGAAUUUGGAUCCUCGAUGAAUCGUGUGGUAAGAUGGAAUGGGUGCCCAAACACAAACAUGACCUUGUGCUACCAGGUCAUGAGUUUGAUCGGCGCGGACCUUGGGUCUUACAAGAUAUGAACUACCACUUCUUCCGCCAUCGCAUUGAUGAUCCAUACACAUCCACAGACGAGGAAGCAAUAUCAGAUGAAGAGUGGUACGAAUGGAGCUCAGACAACGAUUAUGACGUCGCUGCCAAUAGGGACAUGCCCGAAGAGUGCUUUCAUGGAGACAUUGUGUUACUUGGAUUUCACCCAUUCAAAGAGAUUGUCUUCUUGCUAAUGGAUGGAUUGAAAAGAUCAGUAAAGACAACACUGGCCUACCAUAUUACAAUAGCUUGA